AUGAACUCCGUGCUUAUCGCCCUUUCCCUCGCCGGUGCCGCCGCGGCCCAGAUCCAGGCCGGCCCGGUGUCUAUGCUCCCCUACAGCCAGGUCUACGCCUCCUCGAGCGCGGCCAACAACUAUGGUGCUGCUUCCCCCUCCGCGACCUACGGUGGGUCUGCUUCCAGCAGCGCGCCCGCUUCCCAGUACACCCAACCCCCUGCAACUGAUGGUGGCUACUCGGCGAUGCCCUAUUCCUCGUUCAUGUCCGGAGGGUACAAGAGCAUGAACUGCGGGUAUGGCUACUCCAAGGCGAGCGACGGAUCUUGCCAAGCGAUGGGCUGGUGGCAGACUCAGGGGUGCUACGAGACGAUCAUCAUCAACAAUGGCGGAGGAGGCGGGUACGGCUACAACAACGGCUACGGCAACAGCUGCGAUUCGGGGUACACGCAGACGGUCACUGAGACUCAGACGUCGGCUGUGACGUCCACGGUGACGGACACCAUGACCGUCCCGACUACGAUCACGCAGACCGCCACGGUGACGUACACCCAGACUCAGGUCAAGACCGACAUCGAGUCUGUCACACAGACGGAGAUCAUGACGUCGACGAAGCUCGUGCCCACUACCCGCGUUUGGGUCUCUACCGAGAUCAUCGACAACACGAAGACUAUUGACCACACGCUCACUGCGACCGAGACGAGCACCCAGGUCAACAUCUACACUCAGACGAAGACGGACACGGAGACGGACACCCAGACGAAGACGCAGACGCAGACUGAGACCGAUCUGAUGACCGUCACCCAGACUCUGAUCUCCACUUAUGUCAAGCCGACGACGUACAUCAAGACGUAUGUGUCCACCCAGGUCAUCGACAACACCAAGACCGUCGAGAUGACGCAGACUGCGACUGUCACUGACUCGGUGACCUACCUCUCGACGGCCACUCAGACUGAGGUCCAGACGCAGACCGCGACCGUCACGGACAAGAUGACCGUCACGAUGACGGACUUCAGUACCAUCAUCAAGCCGACGACCUACGUCUCCACGUAUGUCUCCACUCAGGUCAUCGACAACACCAAGACUGUCGAGUCGACUGUCGUCCAGACCAUGACCGAGGACCGUACGCUCACCCAGACCAACACGUAUCUCUCCACGAUCACUGCGACUGCGACCGAGACGGACACUGCGACCCAGACGCAGACCGAGACUGCCACCGCUACCCAGACCGUCACCGACACCCAGCUCGUGUCGUGCCUCCAAGGCUGCAAGACUAGCUACUACCUGACCCCGGGUAACAGCGCGUCUUACACCUACGCCUCGACGUCGACUGCCGCCGCGACCUCGGCGACUGCUGGCUACGGUGGCUCGUACGGCUCCAGCUCUAGCUCGAGCGGGUCGUACAACGGUUCCAACAGCGGUUCGUAUGACAGCAACGGUUCUAGCUCCGCGUCGUCGAGCUCUUCCGGGUAUGCUUCCGCGUCUGCUAGCUCCUCCGCGUCUGCUGCGUCUGCGUCGUCUUCCUCCUCCAGCUCAUCAUCGUCAUCCUCUUCGUCGGGCGGCUCCUAUGACAGCUCGUCGAGCAGUAGCUCUUCCUCUGGUUCAUAUUAA